AUGGACAGCCCCGACCCCGAGCUGCAGCGCGUCUUCAGGGGCCACAAAGGCGCCGUCACCUCGGUGGCCUUCUGCGGCCCAGCCAUGAAGCAGGCAAGCGGCGCUGUGAGCGGGUCUGUGGACGGCUGCGUGAUGGCCUGGAACUUCAACCAGCGCAUGCGCGCCUUCCGCUACCUGGGCCACCAGGCAGCGGUGUGCUGCGUGGCGUACGACGCCGUCAGCAACCUGAUUGCAUCAGCCUCCAAGGACCGCACGGUGCGGCUGUGGACGCCCACCGCCCAGGGGCGGUCCACCGUGCUCAAGGCCCACACCGCCGCCGUGCGCGGCUGCGCCUUCUCCGAUAAUGGACGCAUGCUGGCCACCUGCUCCGACGACAAGACCGUCAAGCUGUGGUUGGUGCCGCAGCAGCGCUUCCUGGCCAGCCUCAACGGCCACACCAACUGGGUGCGGUCGUGCCGGCUGAGCCCCGAUGCGCGGGUGGCGGUGUCGGGCGGCGAUGACCACAGCGUGCGGGUGUGGGACCUGGAGACGCAGGCGGCGCUGCACACGUUCAACGAGAUGGAGGGCAGCGUGCAGGUGGUGCGCUUCCACCCAAACGGUGGCUGCAUCGCCAGCGGCGGCACAGACGGCUGCCUGAAGCUGUGGGACCUGCGGGCGGGGCGCAUCAUCCAGUACUAUGAGGCCCACGGCGGCGCGGUCACCGACGCCGCCUUCCACCCCUCGGGCAGCUUCCUGCUCAGCAGCUCCCUGGAUGGCACCCUCAAGGUGUGGGACUUGCAGGAGGGGCUGCUGUUCUACACGCUGCACGGCCACGAGGGCCCCACCCUUGCAGCCAACUUCAGCUCCUCCGGCCAGCACUUUGCAUCGGCAGGGGCGGACGCAGCGGUGCUGGUCUGGAAGACCAACUUUGAUGCU